GCGCCAUGCGCAGACUCAGUUCCUGGAGAAAGAUGGCGACAGCCGAGAAGCAGAAACACGACGGGCGGGUGAAGAUUGGCCACUACAUCCUGGGAGAUACGCUAGGGGUCGGCACCUUCGGCAAAGUGAAGGUUGGCAAACAUGAACUGACUGGGCAUAAAGUUGCUGUGAAGAUACUCAAUCGACAGAAGAUUCGAAGCCUUGAUGUGGUAGGAAAAAUCCGCAGAGAAAUUCAGAACCUCAAGCUUUUCAGGCACCCUCAUAUAAUUAAACUGUACCAGGUCAUCAGUACACCAUCUGAUAUUUUCAUGGUGAUGGAAUAUGUCUCAGGAGGAGAACUAUUUGAUUAUAUCUGUAAAAAUGGAAGGCUGGAUGAAAAAGAAAGUCGACGUCUGUUCCAACAAAUCCUUUCUGGUGUGGAUUACUGUCACAGGCAUAUGGUGGUCCAUAGAGAUUUGAAACCUGAAAAUGUCCUGCUUGAUGCACACAUGAAUGCAAAGAUAGCUGAUUUUGGUCUUUCCAACAUGAUGUCAGAUGGUGAAUUUUUAAGAACAAGUUGUGGCUCACCCAACUAUGCUGCACCCGAAGUAAUUUCAGGAAGGUUGUAUUCAGGUCCAGAGGUAGAUAUAUGGAGCAGUGGGGUCAUUCUCUAUGCUUUAUUAUGUGGAACCCUUCCAUUUGAUGAUGAUCAUGUGCCAACUCUGUUUAAGAAGAUAUGUGAUGGGAUCUUUUAUAAUCCUCAGCAUUUAAAUACUUCUGUGAUUAGCCCUUUGAAACAUAUGCUGCAGGUGGAUCCGAUGAAGAGGGCCACAAUCAAAGAUAUCAGGGAACAUGAAUGGUUUAAACAGGACCUUCCUAAAUAUCUCUUUCCUGAGGAUCCAUCGUACAGUUCAACCAUGAUUGAUGAUGAAGCCUUAAAGGAAGUAUGUGAAAAAUUUGAAUGCUCAGAAGAUGAGGUUCUCAGCUGUCUUUAUAACAGAAAUCACCAGGACCCUUUGGCAGUUGCUUAUCACCUCAUAAUAGAUAAUAGGAGAAUAAUGAACGAAGCCAAAGAUUUUUACUUGGCAACAAGCCCACCUGAUUCUUUUCUGGACGAUCACCAUUUGACUCGGCCCCAUCCUGAACGAGUACCAUUUUUGGUUGCUGAAACACCAAGGGCUCGUCAUACCCUUGAUGAAUUAAAUCCACAGAAAUCCAAACACCAAGGUGUAAGGAAAGCAAAAUGGCAUUUGGGAAUUAGAAGUCAAAGCCGACCAAAUGAUAUCAUGGCAGAAGUUUGUAGAGCAAUUAAACAAUUGGAUUAUGAAUGGAAGGUUGUAAACCCAUAUUAUUUGCGUGUUCGAAGGAAGAAUCCUGUGACAGGCACAUACUCUAAAAUGAGUCUACAGUUAUACCAAGUGGAUAGUAGAACUUACUUACUGGAUUUCCGUAGUAUUGAUGAUGAAAUUACUGAAGCCAAAUCAGGGACUGCUACCCCACAGAGAUCAGGAUCAGUGAGCAACUAUCGGUCUUGCCAAAGGAGUGAUUCAGAUAUUGAGGCUCAAGGAAAGUCUUCAGAAGUGUCUCUUACCUCAUCUGUAACCUCACUUGACUCUUCUCCUGUUGACUUAACUCCAAGACCUGGAAGUCACACAAUAGAAUUUUUUGAGAUGUGUGCAAAUCUAAUUAAAAUUCUUGCUCAGUAAACCUAAAACUUUGCUUAUUUCUUUGAUAGCAAUAAGCAUGCAUAAGUCAUAGCCAAAUGCUUCCAUUUGUAAUCAAGUUAUACAUAAUUAUAACCGAGAACUGGCCUUUGGAAUGCAAUUUGCACAGAGAUUGGAACAUGAUUAAUAGUUAAAAGCCUAAUGUGCAAAAAUGAACUAAGAUUAUUUUGUUGUUGAUUGUUCUGUAGGCAUCUAGUAUAAUAUAUAUAAUGAAUUAUAGGUCUCAGGCUCACUUUUUGGCUAUUUUAUAUUUAGUGAACACAGGGCUUUGUAGAAUAUUAAUUUACCAUAAAGGCCUUCAUAUUAUUACAUGUUGAUGUGUUACAUGUUUGCUCCAUAAAUUAAUUCAAUAAAUACCUGCCUAGAAUCCCCAGAAACCUUUAUAGGACAAUUCGUUUUCUGGGCU